GUGACCGGAGGAGGCGGGAGCUGAGGACCGGCGCGUUCUCCUUGCUUCUUGGGGUCGUGGCCUUGCUCCCGCCUUGCAAGGCAAGGGUCCGGGCGCUUCCGCGCGCGUGUGUGCGCGUGGGGCCUGAAGUGCUCGUGCGUCCGGGCUAGGUCUCUGCGGGGGCAGAAGCAGGAACCAUGGGUGGGACCUCCAGCACCCGCCGGGUCACCUUCGAGGCGGACGAGAAUGAGAACAUCACCGUGGUGAAGGGCAUCCGGCUUUCGGAAAAUGUGAUUGAUCGUAUGAAGGAAACCUCCCCAUCUGGUUCGAAGUCUCAGCGGCAUUCUGUUUCUGAUGAAGAAUUGAAGAGAAGAGUGGCUGAGGAGCUGGCAUUGGAGCAAGCCAGGAAAGAGUCUGAAAAUCAGAAACGACUAAAGCAAGGCAAAGAACUGGACCGAGAGAGGGCUUUUGCUAAUGAGCAGUUAACCAGAGCUAUUCUUCGAGAGAGGAUAUCAAGUGAAGAAGAACGAGCCAAGGCAAAGCACCUGGCUAAGCAGCUGGAAGAGAAAGAUCGAGUGAUAAAGAAGCAGGAUGCAUUCUACAAAGAGCAGCUGGCUAGACUGGAGGAGAGGAGCUCAGAAUUCUACAAAGUCACCACUGAACAAUAUCAGAAAGCUGCUGAAGAGGUGGAAGCAAAGUUCAACAGCUUGCCUUGCAAUCUCAACAUACUCAUUCAUCAGUCUGAUCCUUAUGAUCAAAGGCGGUAUGAGUUUCGUCCUGUCUGUGCUGAUCUGCAGGCCAGAAUUCUCCAGUGUUACCGCCAGAAUUCCCAGCAGACCCUCGGCUGCUCCGCUCUGGCCAGCCAGUACAUGCACUGUGUCCGUCAGGCCAAGCAGAUCAAGCCACAAGAGGAUAAAUGAGACACUGUGAUACUGGGACAUUGUCUGGUCUGACUCUGACAUCAGCAUGCUUGAGAAGGGAGGAUAAAGUCAACUUUUAGAACAAGCAGAACUCCUCAACGUUAAUUCCAGAGGCGGAACAUUUUUUUUUUUUUUUCCUAGUAAGAAGGUAACCCAUUUAAGGAGAAGACGAUUAAAGAGAAGCGCCAAAGAGCAGAUUCAGCUGAAGCAUAUCCCAGUUGAUCAACUGCAGUUUGAAAAGCCAAGGCCUAGAUCAGGUAUCAGCCAGCAAGGACACACUGCAGUGUUAGUCAACUCUGUUCAUGAUGAUUAAAAGAGAAAGGCAGACCUUUCUACCUUUAAAUUUUAACUUUCAAUUCAGCUUUCUCUUCUCACCAAGCUCCAGGGUUGGGUGAAUCUUCAUUCCAGCAGAGCUGGGGUUGGGGGUUGGGAUGGGGGCUGAGGUAAUUGGAGCGGGGCGGGGAGAGGGCACCAAACCUCCAUCUCAGCCCAGCAGUGCUGGAUGCAAUUGUCUAGGCUCUGGUGUUUUGGUUUUCCCUUUUGCUUUUCUCCCUUGACUAUAUAAGAGCUACUUCAUUUUAACUUAUUAUGGUGAUCAUAUAAGUAAGACAAAAAGGAGAGAAAAAUGUACCUCUUUUACUGGAAUAAUGUUUAUGAUUACAAGUGAAAUAAGGCAUUUUUUAUCAACAUAAAGGCAACCUUGGCUUAUACCACCUCUUCUCGAUCAUGAAUACGGACAUCUUUACUGCACUCACUAUUAAUAAUAAAUAUAUUUUCCGAAGAAGACUGGCA